AUGUACAUAAGUCUCAAGCUUGUGGAUAUUUCGGUUAAAAACGUAUGGACUAUCUCAACAUGGGAGUUCGCCAUUUUCGGUUUAUUACCCGCAACGGUUUCCAUUGCAGGGUAUGCGUACUUAGAGGCGGAGUGUCAGGAGAAGAGUGUCUCAAUUGUUUCGGAUGAGGAGGACUUCUAUGCCUCCAAGUUGAUCGCGCACGAGAUAGGGCAUAGCCUUGGCUGCGAACAAGAUGGCAACAGAAACCCGUGCCCAAGUCAAGUAGGUUAUGCCAUGGAGGCCGGCUUCCUUCUGGCCAACAAGAAAAAGUGGACUUUUUGUACGUGUUCCGUAGAUUACAUCCGGAAAUACCUUCAGGUCCUCAACACGAACCACACUAAGUGCUUGACGACCACCCAUCAACGGUCACGUGCCAGGGCUGGUGACGACACUCGCACAUGAGUGGUAUGGUCAGGUGUAUAAUCUCGACAAACAGUGCCAAAUUAAAUACGGACAGCAGUCCUACUUCU